AGCUCUCAGUCUACUUCCGGGUCAUCGUCCAAUUCUACCGUGAGACGAUGUGUUCUGAUAGGAGUUAGAUUUAUCCCUUAUAUGCAGUCUGAAGCUAAUAUUGGAAGUUAGAAUCAGGUGUAUUUGUGUUGGUUAUUUUUCCAAGCAGACAAUUUUCCCUUUAGCUGUGAGCAACGCCUCGUGAACAUGGCUCCGACCAUUCAGACACAAGCUCAGCGUGAAGACGGCCACGGCAGGCCAUCCUCUCACAGAACUGUCCCUGAGAGGUCAGGAGUUGUCUGUCGAGUGAAAUACUGCAACAGCUUGCCUGACAUCCCAUUUGAUCCCAAAUUCAUCACAUAUCCAUUUGAUCAGCACAGGUUUGUACAGUAUAAAGCCACAUCUCUAGAGAAGCAACACAAGCAUGAGCUCCUGACUGAGCCAGACCUCGGAGUCACCAUUGAUCUCAUCAACCCAGACACCUACCGCAUAGACCCCAACAUUCUGUUAGACCCUGCUGAUGAAAAACUGUUGGAAGAAGACAUCCAGGCUCCAUCCAGUUCAAAGAGGUCACAGCAGCAUGCCAAAGUGGUGCCAUGGAUGAGAAAAACAGAAUACAUUUCCACAGAGUUUAACAGAUACGGUGUUUCUAAUGAGAAAGUGGAAGUCAAGAUCGGAGUGUCUGUCAAGCAGCAGUUUACAGAAGAAGAGAUCUACAAGGACAGAGACAGUCAGAUCUCUGCUAUUGAAAAGACAUUUGAGGAUGCACAGAAAUCGAUCUCACAGCACUACAGUAAACCCAGAGUUACUCCUGUGGAGGUAUUACCUGUGUUCCCCGACUUCAAGAUGUGGAUCAAUCCAUGUGCUCAAGUCAUCUUUGACUCUGAUCCUGCACCUAAAGACAUAUCAGGGCCAGCAGGAGUGGAAAUGAUGUCUCAGGCCAUGAUCAGAGGUAUGAUGGAUGAGGAAGGAAACCAGUUUGUGGCCUACUUCCUGCCCAAUGAAGACACACUUCGCAAGCGCAAGAGAGACUGCGAGGAGGGGCUGGAUUAUAUGCCAGAAGAUCUGUACGAUUACAAGAUUGCUAGGGAGUACAACUGGAAUGUCAAAAACAAAGCCAGCAAGGGUUAUGAGGAGAACUACUUCUUUAUCUUCAGAGAUGGAGAUGGUGUUUACUACAAUGAGUUGGAGACAAGGGUGCGCUUGAGCAAGAGAAGAGCCAAGGCUGGAGCACAAUCGACCACAAAUGCAGUGCUGGUUUGUAAGCACAGAGACAUGAAUGAGAAGGAGCUGGAAGCCCAGGAGGCUCGUAAAGCUCAGCUGGAGAACCAUGAACCAGAAGAUGAGGAGGAAGAAAUGGACAUGGAUAAAGACAUGCAAGAUUCUGGUGAUGACAAGGAGAAGGGCAGUGGCAGUGAAGCAGAGAACUCUGGUAGUGAAUCUGAGAGGGAAGAUGAAGACCACGAACAAAGGGGAGACGAUGACGAAGAUGAUGAGGACAGAGGGAAGAGGAGGAGGAAGGCGAGUGGCAGCGGCAGUGAGAGCGGCGAGGAGAGGACCAGAGAGAUGCGAGAUGAGGAAGAGAUCUUCGGCAGCGAUGAUGACAGCGAUGACAAUGAGCCCAAAAAUUCAGCCAGGAGCAGCGGGGAGGAGGGCAGCGAUAGCGAGGAUGAAGGGGGCAACCGAAGAGGCAGCAGGAGCCGCAGUGCAUCUCCAGCUCGCAGUGAUCGCAGCAGUGACCAUUCAGAGACUCGGGCUCAGAGUGGAAGUGGAAGCGAGAGAGGUUCCGACUCCAGUGAUGCCAGUGACAGUGAAUGAGCUCUAUGAUGAGGACAGCAGAGUGCCUGCCACCUGUCUUAUCUGUAUGUUCAGCUCCAAACACAACACUGUUGCCCUGUCAGUGAGCCUGAUAUUAGCUUAGCCUGGGGCUGUAGUUCGUCCAUGAUUGCAAAUGUCAAAUUUGUGUGCAGAAUACUCUUUGUAUUUGGAUUGGAAACAUCUCUGUUCAGUCCAGUUUUUAUUUGUAGAUUUAACUCCAACACCACUAGCUGUUUGUACACCAUUUCUGUUUUGUUUGUCAGAGAGUCAGUCCAGGAUCGUGUAAAAAAAUUAUAACUGAAACUGAUAAUAAAUGGCAGGUGACGUUUUGUAACAAA